AAGUCAUCUUCAAACUGGUUUGCAUCGGUAGGUAGAGUUGGAGCUCUCAAAUUACGUGGAGAUGGGCUCAGCCCAGAGCCUCCCAGCCACUGCAGCGCAGCCUCCACCACAUAACAAGCAUCUGGCUCGAGUAGCGGACCCUCGCUCGCCAAGUGCUGGCAUUCAGCGCACUCCUAUCCAGGUGGAGAGCUCUCCACAAACAAGCCUUCCAGCCAGAGAAGAGCUGGAGGAUCCUAAGCAGGACCUGGACUCAGAUCCUCGCUCUCCUACCCUUGGCAUUGCACGGACACCUAUGAAGACCAGUAAUGUUGACCCGGAGAGUCCUCUGGUGAAACAACUGAGUGAAGUAUUUGAGACUGAAGCCUCAAAAUCAAAUCUUCUCCCAGAGCCUGUUCUGGCCCUGGAAGCAGUUUCACCUGCUGAACUGGACUUGUCUAUGGAUACUCAGUUAUCUCAGGAGGACCAGAGGAAACCUUGGAACCAGACCAAGCUUUCCUCUAAAGAGGUGUUGUCCAAUGAGGAAGCUAAACAACCCACUGAAAUCCCCAUGGCCAGCCAGAGUUCGGACAAGCCUGCACGAGACCCUGAGACUCCCCAGCCUUCAGGUUCUAAGUGUAAUAGACGGAAACAAAACAGUAAGUUGGUAGGGAGACCCCCCCUCACUAUCCUGCAGGAUGACAACUCUCCUGGGACCCUGACACCUCGACAGGGCAAGCGGCCUUCUCCCCUGAAUGACAAUGUUAAGGAACUAAAGGAAGGAGCCAUUCUUGGAACUGGACGACUUCUGAAAACUGGAGGACAGGCAGUAAGGAGGCCCUGGGAGGAGAUGAGGCAGCUCUUUGCCCCCGUGUCCCUGCAGCUGCCUCCCAUUGGCCGACUCCAUACUCCCCACCUCCUUCCACAGAAGAAGUUUAAUGGGAAUGGCUGCUGGGACAGAAGAGAGGACUUGGGGAAGACUGGAGGUGGAAGGGGCAGCUGA